UCUCCCUCCAGCGGCAGCAAUUGUGUAUCUCACUAAGUGUAGAGCAAAACAAGGAGCACUACUGAAAGUGACGGGAUGUGAUUAAAAUUUACAGCCCUUGUUUAUUUGGACGACAGCACAUUCAGAGGCUCGUUUGCGGAUGAAAAUUGAUAUUGCGAUGCCGUGAUUGGGGGGAGCCGUUUGAGACUAUAGUUGUGGCUGGAAACAUUAUAAAACCGCCGUACUUGCGUGGAUACCUUCGUUUUUAACUGACAAAUCAACAUAACGGUGGGAAACGCAACUUCCUGCCUGCAGAUUCACCGAAUCGAUGCACAAGUUUGACUGCAGGUUUUCUGCAAAAAAAAAAAAAAAAAGUAUUGCAAGGGUAGUAGGUGCUUGUUUCCUGUUUUCUCCGCAAAGACGAACCUGCCGAUCUUUAUUCGAUCUCCUCUAAUUUAUAAAGUGCCAUGUUCAGCCAGCCCACAUGUCUAAUCUCACACAAGAGAUGGCAUCACCGAAGGCCUUACGAGAAUGGUGCCGCGUCACUUGCGCCAAUUACCCCAAUGUGGAAAUAAAGAACAUGUCAACCUCAUUCAGAGAUGGACUUGCAUUUUGUGCCAUCAUCCAUAAACACCGACCUGACUUGAUAGAUUUUAGCUCCCUCUCGAAAGAUAAUAUUUAUCUAAAUAACAAACUGGCAUUUGAGGUUGCAGAAACAAAGCUGGGCAUCCCUGCAUUGCUGGACCCAAAGGAAAUUGUGUUCUGCAAGGUGCCUGAUUGUUUGAGCGUAAUCACCUACCUUUCACAGUACUACUACUACUUCAACAGGAAGUCUUAUGCAGGUCCUGCCAGUUUUAGGUCAUCAUACAUCACUGUCUUAAACAAUCUCACAAAGAGUAAAACUCCUGUUGGUCUGAAACCCCUGAAGAGCUCAACUGAUCUGGAAACCGGUCAAGAUCAUUUAACCAACACAAGGCCACGAGCAGUGUGUAAUUUGUGUUUCAAACCUGUCCACCUUAUACAGAGACAUUUGAUUGACGGAAAAUUCUACCAUCGCAGCUGUUUCAGGUGCAAAGUGUGCAACAGCACUCUUUUAGCAGAGUCUUACACACAGGGAAGUGAUGCUGGUUCCUUGAUCUGCACUCACCAUAUAACAGACAAUAAAAGUAUUCAUGUUGACCUCAACCAGAAAUUUGGAUCUACUGAGAAUCGUCUCAAAUGUAAGUUUCAGGCAGGUUAUUUUUCUCUCGGUGGAUUGGCUAUCACCAGUGUGCCUCAUUACACUAUGAAAACAGAGUCUCUGGACAGACCGGUUUGUAAAACACCAGAGGCGGAGGGGAAAGGAAGGCAGGAAAAGAGCAGGGAGGUGAAAAGCAGAGAAAACAGAGACUCAACUGUUGGACUGAAGAGCAUGGUUAAGAAGCCAGCACCUCCUUAUCCUCCCCUACCCAGUGUUAAAGACAGUAUGGUCGAAGGGGCUGGAAAAGCUGGACCUGCAUCCAUUCUGGCAGACGGUAAGAUACAGCAGGAAGCAACAAAGACUCAACAGCCAUCAGAGCUCUCUUCACUGUGUGUACAAGUGACAGAGGGAAUCAGUUGGCCCGUUCCAGCGCCCAGGCGUAUGUUAUAUACUUCUGUGGUCCCUGUUCCUGCACCCAGGACCAAAACUUCCCGGACAACAAGCAGCUCCCCUGCUGCAGGCUAUUCAUCCAGCCAAAGUAAAAAUCCUCUCAAUUCAUCUCACAUCACCAGCCCAACCACUGGUAGCCCUAAAGUGAAAACCAACCAUCCGUGGAUGGCCAUUGUCCAUCCCGGACCCUGGACACAACUGCCUCCCGCUCCAGCCCCAGUACCCACUCCUCGAUCCAAAUCUGUCUCUAACCUGCGGGGGUCCUGGUACAGACCCAAAGUGCCUCCUCCCAAUCCAUUUGGAGAGGAUGUGGAUGAGGACACUCAGGAGGAGGCUGAAAAACCUGGGUCUACAGACCAAACUAAGUCCUCAGUGGAAGCUAGUCAUUCAGACAAUGAUGGCAACCUGACGAAUAAAUUAGGGGACCUGGAGGUUGCUGUUUGUUCAGGUGAUGCUGAAAAUACUGCCAUUAAAUCUUAUGACAAUAAUGUUAAACCACCGGAUAAACCCAUUCUACCAAAGAGACCAGAUUUCAAAGAAGCUGGUGGAGCUGUACUACCUGACCCACCAGAGGAAGUGAGUGCAGGUACUAACACAGCAGAGACUUCCAGUGAAAAAGCUGGAAACACAAGUCAAAUCAGAUCACCAGUUUUGGAUGAAAAUGGAGGCACAGCUGGCUCACUACCAGAUGUUACUGAAGCAGAAGCAGGGCCACAUGUUGCUUCAGAUGAGGCACAAAGUCACUUUUUACCCAGGAGUCUUUCUGUGCCAGUUAUCACAUCCAUCCACUCUCAAAGUUCCUUAGUGCCUGUUGGCAUAAAAGGGGAAAAUGAAUAUGUCACAUCAUGCCCAAAUAAGCCGGCCCGCAAAGAGAAUCCUUGUGAUCGAAAACCUGCAAUGCCCAAAUCAAAGACUUUCCAGGCCCUCCCAUCUAGACGGGCCCCUGCCCCUGGACAUGGUUUCCCACUCAUCAAGAGGAAGGUGCAGACAGACCAACAUGUUUCUACAGAAGACCUGCAGACAGAGAUGGGAGAACUGGAUAAACAUCUGGAGACACUGGAACGAAGAGGAGUCGAACUGGAAAGGAAUCUGAGAGACUGCAAGAAUUCUAAAGAGGAGGAACGCAUGCUAAUGGAGUGGUUCUCUCUUAUCCAUGACAGACAUGUUCUGGUGCGCAAAGAUACAGAGCUAGUUUAUCUGACAAAGCAGCAGAAGUUAGAUGAGAGACAGGCAGAUGUGGAGUAUGAGCUCCGAUGUCUCCUUAAUAAACCUGAGAGCGACUGGAGUCAGGAGGAUCGAGGUCGAGAGCAGCAGCUGAUGGACGAGCUGGUCACCAUCAUCGAACAGAGGAACCAGAUCAUCAGCAGCUUGGAUCAGGACAGGCAGAGGGUAAGAGAAGAAGAUAGGCUUUGGGAAGUCUUAAUGAAGAACAAAGAGUUCCAGAAAGAGGGACUAAAAGAGCUAAAGAAGUCAAAAGGAAAGUUCAAGCCUAAAAAAGUUUUUAAGAUGCUGAAUCAUAAAGCAGAGAGCACCAAAGACUCCAUGGACAAAAAGAGCUGAGGCACUGUCAUGACUGCAGAAAUGUUAUACAGAUACAAAACUCUCAUAGACAAAAAACUCAUUUACUUUUAGAUGAAAAAAAAUGUUGAUAUUUCUUCUACCACAGAAGAUGAUCUUCAUAUGAGAGACUUUAUUAAGCUCGGCUAAGUAGCACAGACAAGAUGAAAUAUAAUUUUCUCUGUCCAAAUGAUUCAGUGUUAUCGGUGUACAUUUUCUCUUCAUGUUUCUUUACAUGCCCUAUCUGCUAUAUGCAAGGAAUAUUUAUGUUUCUUUAUUUUAUUACAUACUUGUAUUAGUUGAAGUAUGCAAUAAAUAUUUAUUUGGGAA